AUGGCACAGCAAUAUAAUUUUAUCGCCCCUUCCGAAGAACUUCGUGCCGCCCCGGUGCCCAUUGAGCGAGUUGAUGACAACACCCCGGGCUUCGACAUCUCCAUGUGUUAUCUCUGCUUCCAGGGUUCAAAGCCCCCCGAAGAAGGAGGCCGCUUCUUCCGCUGUGGAAGCAUACUCUGCCGCAGCACUUUCCACGAAGGUUGCGUGGAUGAGUUUCUCUGGAAACAUUGGGAUUUCUACAACGGCCCGCCCCCUUUCCGCUGCCCCAAGUGCCAGCGGCCGUGGGUGCAUCAGGGCAGCCUCCUCGAGAAGAUCUCCUCCACCCAUCAGCUGAGCAGCGGCGGUGGGAAGAUGCAUGCCAGCGACCAUAACCAGCCUCCGGAUGCGUACUCUAGGCAGACUUCCUCUACCGUGCCAAUGCCUCUGGCGAAUUGGCAGCCAAGACCUACCAGACAUUACCCCCCGCCUCCGAAUGCGUACUCUGAGCAGACUACCCCUACCACGCUAGUGCCUACUACUGCGAAUCCGCAGGAACGUCCCAGUCGCUUUGUUGAACCUCCGAAGGUGGGCAGCAAGCCAAGGUUCUGUCCGUUCUGUGUGAGGGAGUAUACAGAGUCGGAGCCGUUGAUGAGACAUCUGCUAUACGAGCAUCUUUCCGAGCCGCGGGUCUGUAUGCUUUGUAAUACAGAGAUGGGGUCAUGGUCGUCCCUGCUUGAUCAUUGGACACUCGACAUAAUGAUUGGAAGUUGGAUGAUGAGCUAG